AGAGGGGAAAAAUGGGCAGCACGUGCCGCGGCCCCCGCCGUCGCGGGUGAUUCGAGGGCUCGGCACGAGGCGAGAGCGGAGGGCGGGCCGGGGGGACGGGGACGCUUGUGAUUGGCCGCCAAGAGGGAGAGCGGCUUUUUGAACCGCGUAGGGUUCUGGGUAGUAAAGGCCUUGGAAGGGGCUUAACCGAAAGGGGGAGGGGGAAGGUGCCAACAAACGGCUGAGCUCACAAUCCCGGCCAGGAGCAGGCCGGGGCGUCCCCCUCCCCCCAUGAAGAGAGACAGGCCGGAGCCGCCGCCUCAGCCGCGCCAACUGCCGCGGGCGACCCCGCCGCGCCCGCUGCGCCCCGCUCCGCCCCCGCUGCCAGUGGAGGGCACCUCCGUUCGGGCAGCGGCCGCCGAGCCCCUUCCGUUGCCGCCCGCCCAGUCCGCGGCCGCCAUGGCCUCGUCGUGCAGGGAGGCCCCGGCGUCGGGCGUACAGCCCGUGGCACGGCGGCUGCUGCAGGUGAAGCCGGAGCAAAUGCUGCUGCUGCCGCCAGGGCCAUCGCUGCCUCAGGCCCGGGACGAAGCCGCCGCCGCCUCGGCCGCGCAGGCGCGGCUGCUGCAGCUGAGGCCCGAGCUGCUGCUGCCGCCGCCGCCGCUGCCCGCGUCCGAGGGCGCCCCCUGCAGGCCUGACUUGCACCCGGUGCAGCCCCGGGAGUUGCACGUCAAGGGCGAGAAGCAGGAGCUGGGGCCCAGCUUGGAUCUGUCGAUGGGGCCUCGGAAGGCCGUCGAGGCGGGCCCCAGGGCCUCCAGGGCGGCCAAGGUGGAAGGCCCCGGGCUGGCCCUCGACAGCCGCCGAGGGGACAAAAAGAAGGGGAAGUUGGAGGUGGAGGAGAUCAUGAGGGACGCGGCGAAAGGCGAGGAAGGCAAAAGCCUGGCGGCCAUCAGAGAAGGAAUCAUCAAAACGGAGCAGCCUGAGAGGCUCCGCGAGGACUGCAGGCUCGGCGCAGAGCCCGCGUCCAAUGGGCUGGUGCAUGGCAGCAAGGAGGUCAUCCUGGCCCAGCCGUCCAGCGCCUUUGGUCCGCACCAGCAAGACCUCAGGAUCCCUUUGACUCUCCACACUGUGCCCCCUGGGGCCCGGAUUCAAUUUCAGGGACCUCCUCCUUCAGAGCUGAUUCGAUUGACCAAGGUCCCCUUGACACCAGUGCCUAUUAAAAUGCAGUCCUUACUGGAGCCUUCUGUAAAAAUUGAAACCAAAGAUGUCCCGCUCACCGUGCUUCCCUCAGAUGCAGGAAUACCAGACACUCCCUUCAGUAAGGACAGAAAUGGUCAUGUGAAGCGACCCAUGAAUGCAUUUAUGGUUUGGGCAAGGAUCCACCGGCCAGCACUAGCCAAAGCUAACCCAGCAGCCAACAAUGCAGAAAUCAGUGUCCAGCUCGGGUUAGAGUGGAACAAGCUUAGUGAAGAACAAAAGAAACCCUAUUAUGAUGAAGCACAAAAGAUUAAAGAAAAGCACAGAGAGGAAUUUCCUGGUUGGGUUUAUCAGCCUCGUCCAGGGAAGCGAAAACGCUUCCCUCUAAGUGUUUCCAAUGUAUUUUCUGGUACAACACAGAAUAUCAUCUCUACGAAUCCUACAACAGUUUAUCCUUAUCGCUCACCUACCUACUCUGUGGUAAUUCCCAGCCUGCAGAACACCAUCACUCAUCCAGUUGGUGAAGCCCCACCUGCCAUCCAGCUGCCCACCCCUGCAGUCCAGCGCCCAAACCCCAUCACUCUUUUCCAGCCCAGCGUCUCCAGUCCUGCCCAGGUGGCUGUCCAGGCUCCAAGUCUGCCCCUCUGUCCAACACUCCCACCCCAGCACUUUGCUGGACCCUCCCAAACGGACACUCAUCGGCUGCAUUCGGGGGGCAUUUCUGUGAAGAGACCCACUCCUGUCUCUCUCGAAAGCACCAGCAGGAUUCCAACUACUACAAGUACUGCCCAUGCCAGAUUUGCAGCCUCGACCAUCCAGCCUCCCAAGGAGUAUCCCAGCGUUUCCACUUGUCCCAGAAGUGCUCCAAUCCCCCAGGCUCCUCCUAUUCCACACUCACAUGUCUACCAGCCCCCUCCCCUUGGCCAUCCAGCCACGUUGUUUGGGACACCACCGCGAUUCUCUUUUCAUCACCCUUACUUUCUACCUGGACCUCACUACUUUCCAUCAAGCACGUGUCCUUACAGUCGGCCUCCUUUUGGCUAUGGAAAUUUUCCAAGUUCUAUGCCAGAAUGCCUUGGUUAUUAUGAAGACAGGUACCAAAAACAUGAGGCUAUGUUUUCAGCUUUAAACAGAGACUAUCCUUUUAGAGACUACCCAGAUGAACGCACACACGGCGAAGAUUCUCGGAGUUGUGAGAGUGUGGAUGGGACCUCUUACUAUAACAGUCAUAGCCACAGUGGGGAAGAGUACUUAAAUCCCAUGCCUCAGCUGGACAUUGGAGCCUUGGAGAACGUCUUCACAGCCCCGACAUCAACUCCACCUAGCAUCCAGCAAGUCAAUGUCACUGACAGUGAUGAGGAGGAAGAAGAAAAAGUGCUCAGGAAUUUAUAAUUUUAAAACAAAUAUGCACAGAAAAUAAACAUUUCCUAAAAUAUAUUCUGGGUCAGUUGGUGUGAGAAAAAAAGCCUAGAAUGCUUUGCUGAGAGUUUUCAGCCGUGAUUUGAGGAGUCAAAUCAAAUGCAAUUUAUGCCUUCAUAAAGUUUUGAUUAGUGAAACUGGAGUCCUGAUGUUUCAUCAUAGGAAUGUUUAAGCUAUGAAGUAGUUUAUUUUUAUGGCUGAAAUUUGCAUCAACAUAUAUUAUCAUUACUUUACCUUGGAACGUGCAAAAUACCAAAUCCUCACAAUUAUAUGUGAGGGGAAAGGGAGUAUAUAUAUCUGGCAUGACAAGUGUGAUUUGUAUUUUACCUCAAGAUACAUUUAUUUAUUUUUCUUACGUGAUUUUUUGGUGUGGUAUUUAUAUAAUACUUACGGAUGUUGUCAAUUUUUAUGUAAAAUUUUGAAAAUAUUUUGAUAACUUUUAGAAGUGAAUUGGGACUCAGUUACUAAAUUUAAUUUAUGCUAAUAACCAAUUAUAAGUUGCAAAUAUGUUUUAAUGGCACCGGAUAAUUCCUUCAGCUAAAUUAGUCAUUUCUGUUCCUAAACAUUUUCAUCAUCUUUUUUGGAUAUCUUUUUCCAUUUGGUAUGCUUUGUUCUACUUUUGCUUUAAUUAAAUAACCGUAGAUAAAAUUGUU